CCGGAGCAUGGGGCGAUCUCAUCUCGACGCCGUUUCCACCCAAGGCUACGAUUUUCGACCACGAGCCCGCCGUUCUGGCUGGGGGUUGCCUCCACUGGCAGAUCCUCACGGCUUCACGGAACAUACUACUCGAGUUUGAUCUGAAUAGCCGGAGGCUAGCGGUAACAACACUAUCAACGUCCAUGGUUACCACCCAGCAUUACGGGGUGAUUCGAGCAGAGGGUGGGAGGAUGGGCUUCAUCUUCGUGUCCGGCUUCACCGCCCAGUUAUGGAGGAGGGAUGCAGACUGUGAUUCAUGGGUGCCGGGAGCAACUAUCCAACUGGACAAGCUACUCCCCCCAGAUUCACAGAACGAACACCCAAGUAUGGUCGGGUAUGCCGAGGAAACUAAUGCGGUGUUCUUCGAGACUGUUGCUGGUGUCUUCAUGCUCCAUCUCGAGUCGCUGCAGCUCAAGAGGCUUUCCGAAGCCAACAGCAUUCGUUGCCAUCAUCCAUUCGAACUUGUAUAUACUCCAGCCAUUCUCGAUGGAGCUAAAGUUGUGAGGCACCAGCAGUUGACGCGAUGGUCACAGAUCACACAAUACAUAAAACGAUUGUUCAGUUAA